AUGGGAAGAUCUCACAUUUCUCUGCCCCCAUGGGCAAAGGCCAUCUCCCCAAACAUGUCCACAGUCACCGAGUUUCAGCUCCUGGGAUUCUGGGACGUGGCUGAGUGGCAGAUCCUGCUCUUCGCUGUCUUCCUGGCCAUCUAUGUCCUCACCAUCGCAGGGAACGCAAUGAUCGUGACCAUGGUGAGCCAGGCAAGGCAGCUGCAUUUGCCCAUGUACUGGCUCCUUCAGCACCUUUCUGUCUUGGAGGUAUGCUACACGUCCACCAUUGUGCCCCGUUUGCUAGUCACCCUGAUCUCUCGGGGCCAAGCCAUCGCCUUCUCCGCCUGCAUGGCACAGCUCUACUUUUUCGUGUGCUUUGGGGCUACUGAGUGCUUCCUCCUGGCCACCAUGGCUUAUGACCGGUACCUGGCCAUCUGCAGCCCCCUCCGCUACCCCUUCCUCAUGAGUCCCAGGGUCUGCACCAAGCUGGUGGCUACCUCCUGGCUGGUCGGGGCUGGCACAGGCCUCCUGCCUUCCCUGAUGAUUGCCCAGUUGGACUUCUGCGGCCCCAACCUAAUCGACCACUUCUUCUGUGACCUCCCCCCUCUGAUGCAGCUGUCCUGCUCCAGCAUUCACACCACGGAGCUAGUCAUCUUCACCCUGUCCGUGGCUGUCCUGUGCAUUUGCUUUUCUCUGACCCUCGUGUCUUACGUUUUCAUCGUGUCCUCCGUACUGAGGACCCCUUCCGCCUCUGGCCGAACCAAGGCCUUCUCCACGUGCGGGUCCCACCUAACCGUUGUCAGCAUCUACUAUGGUGCCAUGAUCUCCAUGUAUGUGCGCCCCAGUGCCCACCCAUCCCCGGAAACCAAUAAGACUGUCUCUGUUUUCUACACUGUGGUCACUCCGCUGCUGAACCCCAUUAUUUACAGCUUGAGGAACAAAGACUUCAAGGAGGCGGUGAGGAAGGUGGCUGUCAGGAAGUGCAGCUUCCAUAGAGUCGGGCCAGAUGGAGGCGCCGUGCUUGGAUGGAGUGGCCUGCAGAGGUCACGGUGGUAG